UCCCGAGAACACCACUACACUUCCCACAAUCCCUAACGUGCUCAGCAAUGUGACUCCAGCUGGAUGGACUGCUUCCCAGCUGACUGCUCCUCACAGGAGACAGCUCGCAUUAACGGGCGAGGAGAGCAGCGGAGAGGAGCUGAGCUCUCCGGCGUCAUGGAGUAGCACUACGAGAAAUAAUAAUAAUAAUAAUAAUAACAAUAAUUAAAAAACAGACCUACUCUCGCUUCACGCGCGGACAUGUUCAAACGCAGAAGAAACUAAAUUAUUCGCCCCGACAAAAAAACAACAACCCAGGUUUGUCGGUGACACCCUUGAAGGUUGGAUUGAAUCUGCGGUGGUUUUCUUCACGAGCUCUCCAAAGAUGUCCACAGACAAGAUGCUGCACGCGGAGAUCGCGCGCCUCUCCAGCGAGCUGCACGAGACGACGCGCGAGAAGAUCCAAGCUGCGGAGUACGGGCUCGCGGUGCUGGAGGAGAAACAGACGCUCAAGCAGCAGUACGACGAGCUGGAGAGCGAAUAUGACAGCGUCCGACAAGAACUGGACCAGCUCAGAGAGGCGUUCGGACAGGCUCACUCCAACCAGAGGAAAGUGGCAGCUGAUGGCGAGAGUCGGGAGGAAUCUCUGCUCCAGGAGUCGGCAUGUAAGGAGGCAUACUACGAGCAGCGUGUGCAGGAGCUACAGACCGAGCUCAGGCAGGCACGUAACGCCCUCACCAACGCGCUGUCGGAGAACGAGCGCUUGUCUACCAUCACCCAGGAGCUCAGAGAGAACAGUCAGGUGGUGGAGCUGCAGAGGUCCCGACUCCGUGAUGACAUCAAGGAGUACAAAUUCCGCGAGGCUCGUUUGCUACAGGACUACAGCGAGUUGGAGGAGGAAAACAUUGCACUGCAGAAACACGUGUCUGUGCUCAAACAGAGCCAGGUGGAGUUUGAGGGCCUGAAGCAUGAGAUUCGUCGCCUGGAGGAGGACACGCAGUUCCUGAACAGCCAGUUGGAGGAUGCCGUCCGCCUGAAGGAGAUAGCCGAGAGACAGCUGGGAGAAGCUCUGGAAACCAUCAAGACUGAGAGGGAGCAGAAGGCGGCUAUGAGGAAGGAACUGUCCCAGUACAUGAACAUCGGGGACUCCAUGUACCACAAUUCCUUAAGCAUCUCUCUGGAUGGGUUGAAGUUCAGCGAAGAUGUGAUGAUCGAACCCAACAACGACGACCCGAUACAUGGCUAUGAAAACGGCUUUGACAAGAUCCCUAAUGCCGAAGAUAACCGGAUGUCCACGCCCAAAAAGGACCAGCUGUUCCAUCCGGCCCCCAGCCUUGUGGACGACUUGCUGAGUGAACUAAACAUCUAUGAAAUCCAGAAGCUUAAACAACAACUUGUGCAGGUGGAGCGGGAGAAGGUGACGUUGCUGUCAACACUGCAGGAUUCACAAAAGCAGCUGGAGCAGGCCCACGGGGCUCUGUCAGAGGAGCACGAGAAGGUGAGCCGCCUCACUGAGAAUCUGAAUGCCAUGCGCAAGCUUCACGCUAGCAAGGAGCGCCAGUCGGCCUUGGACAACGAGAAGGAACGUGACAGCAAUGAAGACAGCGACUACUAUGAGGUGGACAUCAACGGGCCUGAGAUCCUGGAGUGCAAGUACAAGGUUGCUGUUUCCGAGGCGGGUCACCUGAAAGAGGAACUGAAAACUCUGAAGUCUGAAUACUCUGCUUGCCGGUCAGAGCUUGAGGAGGAGCGUAGCCGUUUGGAGAGCCAGGUGGCGUCGCUGCGCUCCGAGCUUAGCACCCUGGAGUGCAGCAGCCGUGCCGAGCGAGAACAGCUGGCACGGAUGGAGAAAGAGUUACGCCGGGCCAGUGAGGCAGCCGGUGAGAGCCAGGGAAGCCUGAGCGUGGCACAAGACGAGCUGGCUACAUUCAGUGAGGAGCUCGCCAACCUUUACCACCAUGUUUGCAUGUGCAACAAUGAGACGCCCAGCCGUGUCAUGCUCGACUUCUACCGUGAGGGCAAAGCCAACACUGGCACCAACAGCAACAAUCGGGGCAGCCCUGAGGGCCGUGGCCGUCGUUCACCCAUCCUGCUGACGCGCGGCCUCUUCCCCACCCCCGAAGCAGAUUCUCCGUCCCCUGUCUCUUCCCCAGUGGCUGACCCACGCAAGGAACCAAUGAACAUCUACAACUUAGUGGCCAUCAUCCGUGACCAGAUCAGACACCUGCAACUGGCCGUGGACCGCAGCACAGAGCUGUCUCGCCAACGCUUGGCCUCUGCCGAGCUUGGUCCCACCACUGACCGUGACCACGAGGCCAGUGUGGAAGAGAUCCUUAAGCUCAAGUCUCUUCUCAGCACCAAGAGAGAGCAGAUCGCCACCCUGAGAACCGUCCUCAAAGCCAACAAGCAGACUGCUGAGGUAGCACUGGCCAACCUGAAGAGCAAAUACGAGAAUGAGAAGGCCAUGGUGACCGAGACGAUGAUGAAGCUGCGCAACGAGCUCAAAGCCCUGAAGGAGGACGCUGCCACCUUCUCCUCCCUUAGAGCCAUGUUUGCCACCCGCUGUGACGAGUACGUCACUCAGCUGGACGAGAUGCAGAGGCAGCUGGCAGCGGCUGAGGAUGAGAAGAAGACCCUGAACUCGCUCCUACGCAUGGCCAUCCAGCAGAAGCUGGCCCUCACGCAGCGUCUAGAAGAUCUCGAGUUCGACCAUGAGCAGACGCGCCGGGGUGGAGCCAACAGCAGGACCAAGUCCGCCUCCACCCGGGCCAAGGCCGCUCACAACCCCGCGCAGUCACAUGUAAGUCCACCCCUCAAUGCCACCUGCGGGGGUCGCGGCGAGCCCAACGGCCUCCUGGGAACGCCACAUGUGUUCUGCAGCGAAAAGUACAAGAUCUACUGCGACUAAAAGUGCAGCGUGUUUUAAACAGCGCUUAUCGGUGUACAAAGCCCCACUCACAUGUGCUCUCUCGCUCGCUAUUUGCUGUAUGCUGUGUAUCUUUAUGCCUUAUGGUUAUACCUACCAGUGUGAUAGUAGCUAGGUGAAAGAUGGUUAAUAUGAUAGCUGCCAUUCAUGUAUUCUGCAGAGGGCAGUUUGCUUCCUUCUGUACUCACGGUGCUGUAUUUUAAUCGGCAGCUCCAUAUCUGAGUGUAUGUUAGCACGCAUGUGGUUCUCCUGACCACUAGUAAUGCGAUGGUGUCGUUGUGAUCGUGAUGUUUACCUAGCUGCCAUCUGCACCUUGGUAGAUAUCCUUCCCCCUUUUCCCUUUCUCUAACACAUCCUCCUGCCCUCUUAUUCUUUCCCCCUCUCUCUCUCUCUCUCUCUCUCUCUCUCCUGCCUAAGAAAACCAUUCUACGAACCCGGCAGCCCGUUGUCUAAUCAGGUGACUAAUGUUUACAUUGAAUACAUAUAGAAACAUUUUGAUAUGCAAAUGCCCCACUUCUAACAGUAGGGGAGGACCACUGGUGUUCUGAAGUGGGGAAAAAAACAACGGGUUACUGAAAACUUAGGAGCGUUUUCUGCUCCUUCUUGAUCAAUUGGAGGUGGGCAGGAGUGGGAUCUUAGUCGUCUUCUUCUUCUUCUUCUUCUUAUUAUUAUUAUUAUUAUCCAAACGGCAAGCUUUUGGCCAAGAUCCCAAACGGCUAAUUGUUUGCAUGCAAUUUGCUAGAUUCUUGGCUGCGAAAAUGUGUAUACUACAUAGUGUCCUAGGUUCUGUCUCCACCUCGAGCACACGUAUAAAACAGGGCUCUACACGAGGGGAUAAUUAUUUACAGAGGAGCGUUUCCUCUCUCUCCACACAGUAGAUCCGUCCCCCAAACAUGGAGAGCUUCCUUCAUAGCCAUGAACACUGGAGCAUAAAGGAGGAGGGGAAAAUCAGCUCACUCCCUCAAAUUCAAGUGCACUUCUGCUAGGGGACUCAGGUUCCACAGUUUGCCACACAAAAAGGCAGAUCUGAUCUGAUCGGUGAAAAGGAAAAAAAAAAAAAAACACAAGAAAAAAGCCUUUUGAUUGGUGAUGAUUCAACAAAAAAAAGAGCACAACGAACAAGGCACAGAUGCCGAACGAUUAACGAAGAAUGACACCAAACAUCACCAUGGAAAAAGUGCCUGUCUUUUGCUUUCUAUUGGCAACUGUCCAUUUCUCAGUGUAAAGCCCUGUCCUUUGUGUUUGAAAGCUAGUGUUAAUCUCCGUCAUCAUUCUGUCUCACCCCAGUGCUUGUAUGCAAGUGUGUAUUUGCACACGUGUGUGAGUGAAUCCUCUCGUACCUAACACCGUUCCCUUGCUUCUCCUAACAUCAUUCUCCUUGUAGAUUGUCAGCAGCUUGCUCCCUGUGCCUCACCACUUUCCCUUUAAACACCACCAGGUAAACCUCCCAUAACAUUGUCAUAUCGUGAUGCACGCUCCUCUCGCACGAACAUCAGUAAUGUACCAAUGUCGCGUGUCGAGCAAACAAACGAGCCGUGUUUAGUGUUCUAGUUUGUAUUGCACAAGGUGAAUAUCUCCAUGGCGCCACAUCACUAUAAGUAGUUUUGUAAAAUAAACAAAAUAAAGCUUUAAAAUAGCAAGCGAAUGCUAGGAAAAUAAGAAUAAAAAAACAAAGUGUGGGGCUUAUAGUUAUCUUAAACUUAUGCUGGCGAUGAAAACCUUUUUUUUUUUUUUUUUUUUUUUUUUUUUAAAAGCUUUAUUAGCUUAAAAGCAGGGUUGAGGACGGAUGAGGAAAAGUCAAAAUGAUUAGGUAUUAUAUAUUCGUAAAGAAAUACUAUUCAGGUAAAAUCCUUCCCAGGCCAGCUUCCUCCUAACCAGAGGAAGUGCAUGUGUGCAUGUGUGUGUGAAUCUGUGGAAAAGGCAAAGACCUCAGUCCUCAACUCUGCUUCUGCCUGUGCUGCAUUUAAAGCCCUCGUUAGGCCUUUAGAUAACGUACUGUAUUAAAGAGACGCAAAGCUAUCGCUCUCCUCUUUCUCACACGCUCAUGUGAACACUGCUUGGAUCUGACCACUCUUUUCUGUUCCUUCAUGCAUCCUGUAAGCAACAAGCGAAGGCUUAAGAUGGAGUGUUAGACUUUUUAAAAGCGUUUAUGAUACAAGCAGAUAUCAGAUAGUUAGAAUAAAAGGGCAAAAGUGGACGAAACUGAUGAGUUAUUCUUUAAAAGGUUAUCAUUUUUGUUAUACACUCAGAGACCAUUUAUUCGAAUGAUGUUUCUAUACAUUAAUCGUCACCUUUAACUCGAUGUAGCGUUCUGAUGAUUAAUGAUCAGUGAGGAACGUCUUGCUACGACUCUGGUUCCUCAUUGGCUGGCACCACAUUAAAACACAUAUCUAGCUUACUACUAACAUGCAUGACACCUGGGAACCCACCUCAGUGAUGCUUCAUCAUCAUUCGAGGACGCAUCCGUUAGGUGGAGUUUUAACAGGAGACGGGCGGCGUUUUUAUUAUAUUCAUGAGCUGGUGGCUUUCCUGCGCUUGCUAUUUUUGCAAACUAAGAUUGAAACCUUCUGCGUUUGUUUUCUGGUGACUAGCCUACUAAUAAUUUUGCUCCUACUUAAUUUUAGUCGAAUAAUCAUAUGGGCAUUUAUUUAACAUUCUAGCAGCAUGCAUCUGAUUUAUUCAUUUAAACUCUUCUAAAGUCGAACAUUCUAAUAUCAGUUAUUUCUUUGUUUUCAUUUUGCAGUAAAGUUCAGCCCCUAGUUGAGCGGGGAAGUCGCCAUUCCAUCAUGCUGAUAAAUUCAUUCUGCGUUUAGCCCAAAGGAAAUCCACUGGAAGACAAAAAUCUCAUUUUAUAAUUAAAAAAUAGUAAAAAAAAAAAAAUUUUUUUUUUUACAUUUUAUUUACAAUCUAUUAAUUCUCACAGGAAGUAUUUGAAAAUGAAUACAAACUAAAUCUAACAUGGUUAAAAUAGCAUCAUUACCAUUUUAUAUAGUUUAAUAGGCAGUCCCUACAGGAUUCGCAGAGUUGUUGUUUUUUUUUUGUUUGUUUGUUGUUUUGGUGAUCGUUGCGGCCAAAAAUGUUUGUUUUUUCUUUCUUUUUCAUAAUUUGUGAUGCAACUUGCAGAGUUGCAUAGAAUUUGAGUUGGCAAAAUUGCACAAAAUUAUUAUGCAGUCCUUCACGGUGAUGUUUUCGGUAAAUGAGACCUUCGUGAAUGUGCAUUGCGAUGACGUCACAUGACGCGUCUUGGCCCAAAUCUGCGGGAAAUCUGCAGUCAUUUUGAAAACUUGCAAGCUCCUCCGAAUAUUGCGGCGUUUACUUAAUUCUGCGUUCAUUUCUGCGAAUUCUGGAGGGACUGAAUAGGAAGCCAUCGCUCGCAAAUAAUGAAACUCCGCCUAUAAGAAUUUCGAUUCCGAGUAAAUUGGAAAACAAAAGAAAGGUGUUAAAGAGAAACGAUCCUACGAGUAGUUAUCUUUUUUUGUUUUGUAAACUGUGCACUUUUAAUAUAGGUAUAUCGCUUUCAUUAUUAAUCUAGGCUUAGGUUUGUAGUGUUUUGGUUUGUGAGUCAGGUCAAGUAUAUUGUAUACUAUACAAAUAUAUUGAUAGUAAUCGUUUUUAUUUUGUUGUUGUUACAUAUAUGCAUUCUGUAUGCAAAGAACAGAGAUCAACUCACAUAUCCAAAACUACUCACACUGCAAACCAGUCCUAUUGUAUUCUGUGAAAUGAAUCCAUGAGCAUUAUAUCAUUUAUAAUUUUUUAUAAUCACUCGCUCAUGUCAUAUGUUGUUGUUGUUGUUGUUGUUGUUUUGUUUUGUUUUUUCUCUCCAUGUUUGUUGUUCUGCCAUAUUCUAAAAACAAAAUCCCGGGUGGUCAGAUGCUGGGCUUUUUUGUCUAUUUAUUAUUCUUAGGAAUAGUUCAAAGUGAACAUGGAGAAACUUGAUGAUAUUUUUGGCUUAACACAGUAAAGCGCGCUUCAGAAAGAACCAAAUCUAUAGCAGAUGACGUGGAAAUGUUUUGGUCUUCUAGCGCCGCUUUACUCAAGCUUUCUACGGAUCGCUGAUGUCACGAAUUCUCUGCAAGCGUAAAAAUUAAUUCCAAAUUGGAAUGGUCUCAUUCUCUCUUUAUUUAUCGUGCCAAUGUCUCGGUACACUGUUUUACGUUUGAUAUAAGAAUAAAUAAAAGUUUUUAAAAAAAAACUGGAAUGGAGAUCAGAAAGAAGAGAAUUGCUCCAUUGGGUGUGAUUUUGAAUCGCUCCCACUUUCAUGCCCUCCAUUUGAGUUGACUUUGUUGUUUGUUUGGUUUUUUGGGGUUUUUUUUUUUUUUUGGUUGGUUGGUUUUGCUCUUCAUUCUGACCAGUAGUGCCUUUCAUUGUUUCAAGAGAGAAUUAUAGUCGAGGUUUUAGUUUUUCUAGUUGUUUCCCCUCUCCUGAAGGCAAGAGGAUUGAGCAAGAUUUCUUCCUUCAGAGGAUGCUUAGAAGCAGCAAUAAGUGCAAAAGACACACAAUCAGUUUUGCGAGCGUGUGUUUUGUUAGACAUUAGGUAAAUGAAAUUGCAGGGAAUUCUUGAGAUCAGUGACCCCAUUAUCAAAUUCAGGGGUUUUAGCAAAAGGUCUUUUUUUAAAAUCAAGUGAUGGGAAUCAGAAUUCAUCCUAUUUGCCUCAUAAUGAACAAAAAAAAGAGAGACAGACACCACACAGUAGUGUGGUGUUUGCAGGUGGAGACUGGUGUAACUAUAGCUUUGUUUGGUGAAGGUAACGUGGUAUUCAUAGUAUUGUUGACAAAUGAGUGAACUCGUGUCCUCGUUUUGUCCAAUUUACGUUUGCUGUUUUUGUUUUGUUUUUUGUUUUUUUAAAUCUUUUUGGUUUUAACAUAUUCUUUAAGCAUUGUGAUUUCAGGAAACAGAAAACAUUUUGCAUCAACAAGCUUGAAUAGUGCCAUGAAAGUCACAACCAGUUUGUUGAGGCAGAAAAACCCAAUUAAUAUGUUUUGGGAAGUGAGCAAAAAAAAAAACACAAGGUCAAUUAAGUGCAAUUCAAACUGCUGAUUUACAAAGCAAAUGAGCUUUUCUGUUUGCUGGAAGCGAUAGUGUUGUUAUUCAGCUAGCUGAUAACUUUAUACAGUCAUAUUGUGUUCAGUAUUGAUCCGCGAGGAGAGUUUGAUACCUUUAUAUAUAAAAAAAAAUAAUGACUUCAUCCAUAUGUUGGUAUUUAUUUGAAACGUUUUACAGUACUGUUUAUCAAUAAUGUGCAUUAUGAUUGAUUAGUGGUGGAACAUGUCAGACGCAUGUCAUUCGUCAGCUAUGGAACUUUUACACAGAACGGAAAACAAACCGCUUGAAACAGGUUCAAAAUGAAAAAGAGGGGAAGGGGGGAAGAAUUAAAUCGUUAAAAGAAAUGUGUUUAGCUAUUAAGUGACGUAUUACUGCUGAACUAACUCAGAAAAAGUGUUGUUUUGUUUUCCUUAGAGGGAUACUCGUCUGUGUAAAGGUAGUCAUGCUGGUUUAAAAAUCAAUAAAAAGGACUAAAAUGUU